GCGCACGCCAGCGACCACAGGACCCGCCGUGCUGGAGAAAAUCCAACGACUUGCUGCGCCAGCGCGCGUCGUCGGGCCGAAAGCAGGAGCCUCAGGAUCGCCAGAAGUCAGGUCAUGGUCGUGCUCGUCUAGUAACUUUCAGCUUCAACCCGAUUCAAGCGAACAAGUGUGGUGGUGUCCGAGGGAGCGUCGACAGUAUCAAAUGCAAAAAUGUCUGGGUCUGAAAGAGAAAGAGUGGAACUUGUAAUGCUGUCUUUGGAUUUCGGAAAAAAUCUGUAUUGCAUGAGUAGCAAAGGGAACGCAACUUUUGCUACGCUGAGAAGGCAUUUGUCAUACGGAAUACGCAUCAAGAAGCCCUCAAAAAAUCUGUACUGCUAGGGUAUGCAUCACAGACAUCAUGGCUCACGGAAAACGUGCAUGACAACUGUCAGAAUCUUCCAGACGUGGACAUUUUUACAGUUGAUAGACAGCCCUGGAUUCCAAUUUUCGACUACGCGAGCACCAAGAAACUCAAGACAGGAGUGCGGCCCUUCAAGGACGUCGAGCAUCGGAAACCGGAGCUUUUUCGCGUCAGCCCGACAACUAUGGUGGAAAUAAGGAGCAGCCCAUCUUGAGUGUGACUCAACAAGAAAAGAGUACUUAGAACUAUUUUUUAUGCAAUAAUGAGGUGAUGGCGACCAACAUUCAGAAGCAGAAAAAGUCCGUGCGGUUUGCAUAUUAACGACGAUGGAAGGUCUCUGUAUUUUUUCCCUGCAACUGUCUGUGCCGUACGCGUGCGUCAGCAGGCAGAUCCAUCAUCGUGGUGCUCGUCUAUGCAUAUGACAUGAAAAAUUGCUAGUCGCUGAUCUUCAACAUUUUCAUGGGUAGCUGGUAUGCGUGCCACCGCUUGAAGAUAAUCCUAUCUACUCGUGCAUUUGCAAACCCAUGAAGACAGUCACGCACUCAACAUUUGCCGUUAAUACGACCACGCUGGACCCUUGUUGCGCACGAACACGACCUGAACGCGGCGCUCCUUCUGCAGAAGAACAGGGGCUCCGCGACCAUCGGGGCUGGUGACGGAAACGAC